AUGAAAGUCCGUCAAGUUGAACGCGAACUUCGUUUGCCCAAGGCAGCCUGGAAGAUACCACAACAAGAGCCUCUAAAAUCCAUUACCUGGAUGCAGUUGCUCGACUGUUAUGCAUCUCGUUCCCAUAUACAUGGGCUGUAUCAAGUGUUUUUGCCCACCAUUCGAUUACGGAUGCGCCUUCUCUGGGCCUUAGCUCUGUUUUGUGCCAUCAGUGUGCUUAUUUAUGUGAGUUAUUUGCUAGCCGAACGCUAUCAGCGCAAACAUUUUCAGACGACCAUUGCUGCUGCCCAUUUGCCCAUGUAUAAAUUUUCGUUUCCUGUGGUUAUCAUAUGCAACAAGAAUCGUUUAAAUUGGUCACGCCUCUCGCAAAUUGAGCAUCAAUACAAUAUAACAUCCUCUCAGAAGGAACUCUUCGAACGCACACUUACUGCGUACGAUGCUCUAAGCUUUGGUCACUUCAAGGUCUUCAAUUCACUGAUGGAUGAAGAUCUCCUGCCCUUGAAUCAUUUGAAUUUCACCAAAAUUGUCACUGAAAUGUCAUGGCGAUGUGACGAACUACUCGAAGGAUGCAUUUGGGAAAAGGAACUAGUGAAUUGUUGCGACCUAUUCCAUCCGAGAAGGCAAACCCAGGGGCUAUGCCUGGCAUUCAAUGAGCAGGAACAGCGUCGAAAUUACGAUAUGGGACCAAAUACUGGUUUAAUGGUUCGUUUGCUUUUACACAAAGAAAAGCAUGCUCCUGGCAAUGAAAGGACAAAAGGUUUUGUGAUAGAUAUUGUCGAACCCUUUGUAUGGUUUGGUUUUCCCGUUGAGGUAGUGCCAUAUACUCGCACCAAUAUAGGUGUAACUGGAGUCUAUAAUUAUUAUGAUGAAAGUACCUUCAGUAUGCCGAGUGGACAAAGACGUUGUGUCAUGGACUAUGAACGCGAAAGUGAACACUUUCAAACCCUUCAAGGUCAGAAGUAUAUGCUGGAGAACUGCUUGGCCGAGUGUCAGCAGCGACAUUUGUUGGCCUAUUGCAAUUGCACUCUCGAUCUAUUCUAUCCACCAUCGAAUUAUAAGGCUUGUGAACUCAAGGAUUUACCCUGUUUGGCUGCCCACAACUAUCUAUUGCAGAACUAUGAGGAACCGGGUGAACAUCCUUACGUACAUCGAAAUGCUCCUGGACUGAUUUGCGAUUGUCUGCAUAAUUGCAAAUCCUUGACGCUGAUGACAGAAAUUCGCAAAAAAGUAAUGGAGCCUUGGAAGGUCCACAACUCUUCGGUGAAUAAUGGAAUGUUGCUUAACGUGUUCUAUAAGCGUCCUGGAAUGUUGGCCUAUAAAACCAAUUUGAUAUACAGUUGGCUAGACUUACUUGUUUCUUUUGGAGGCAUUUGUCAAUUGUGUCUGGGCUGCUCCAUCAUCAGUCUCAUUGAGCUAAUGCAUUUCGGUCUAGUCGAUAUACCCAAUUACUGUUGGCUACGCUGGUGGAAAAACUAA